AUGGCGAAAGAAGCGAGUGGUAGAAUACGGCAUGUUAUCGCCGAUUCAGCUGCUUUUCUCAAAAAUGCACCUCUCAACGAUAUGUGUGAGAAUGUGUACACAGUUGAAGAGGUUGUAAGUGAGAUCAGAGAUGCGGCAAGUCGCCAGCGUUUAGCGGUGUUACCGUACACUAUUCAGUUCAGACAGCCCUCCAGCGAAGCUCUUCGAGCAGGUACUAUUAAAACCCUCAGGUGCUGCUUUAUUACUCUCUCAUCUAAAGCACUCACCACCCAUAAUUUCGACGAUAGAAAAAGUGUUGAACAAAGCAGUUUCUGUUUACUUUAUGAUCGACUGUUUGUCAUAUUCGGAAUAAGUUUAGCUCACGUCUUGGCUUACUCACACAACGUUUCUACGUUAUAAUUUAAUUACUUUCGCGAUCUCUUAACUGCCGCCCUACAUGUCUAAGGAAACUAUCAGGUGAUCGCAGAUUUUCGGAGCAGUCCCUUUCUAUAUCUCAAAAUUCUUUGGAUAAAGAUAAUGUUGUAACCAGCAGUGGAAACUGUCAAUUUUUUCAAGAUCUUCUGAGGGCAUUUUACCCAAACAUAAACUUACGUUAAACAUGGAUGGCUGCAGACGGUAACCGUGCAGAUCACCUUAAACAUUUGGGUUGUUCACAUUAGAUGUUGUGACAGCUAAGCAAAAUUACCCAGGAAGGUGGAAAUUUUCAUACUUUCCAUUUGAAAACUCAUUAAAGAAUUUACAUGCAUGCUUGCUGUAUGCAUGCUUGGGGCACAAGGUAAUUCUGGCCAGCUGAGGUAUUGACACCAAAAAUAUGGGUAUAUGAGAUAACCGUUCUGUUCGCAGUUGUUUAAAAGGAGGAUAACGCCAGGUGUAGUUAAUCAAUAGAAAUUGAAAAAAAUAUUUAGCAAUUAUUGUUGAUUGAAGAAAAUGGAUAACCACUGAUAGUAAUCGAUAGUAAUAGAUAAGCAAUUAUAUUGAGGAGUGUAUGGGUCAGAUAUUCUGAUCUGAAUGGCUUUAAGUAAGCACAUCUUGUUUUUGACUUCAGCAACUACUCCAGGCAUGGUGUUAGCUAUUACAGAUUAUUAUUGUGCUACAGGAUUAUUUUUUACCUUUUUUUACUUUAUGAUUUAUUCUUAUGUUCCUUGUGACUCUUUGAAAAUCACAUGGACACUUAUUUUGUACUUUUAGCAAUGUUUUUAUCAGUUAAAAGAACUGCACACUAUCAUGACUGAACUAUGCCUGGAUAAUGGUAUCCACUGGAUAAACCAUCAGAUAAGGCAUUUGGUUUUCCUUAUACUAAUCUGCUGGAUAGGGCUCAAGGGCCUGAGAAUUGUUUUGCGUUUAUAUCUUUCUGGUGAUGAAAGACAAUGAAUCUGAUAUCAUCAAUACAGAGUAGGUAAAGCAAAGUUUUAGAAAAGACAUGCAAGCAAAGCCUACAAUCAACAAGAUGCUUCGUUUGUUUAUUGUCUUGUUUGUUUUGCUUAUUGACUUUCCCAUUUUGGUUUGUUGUAAGUUGAAGCAGACAAUAUUUUAGUCCUCCUAAUCUUUAGUAAUGAUGAUUACUUUAUCCUGUGUAUUUUAUAGUAACAGCAUUUGCCAAGCUAACUGGGGAUUUCAGAAGCCUUUCAGCAAUUGACUUGAAAGUUUUAGCUCUUACUUACCAGCUUGAAAAGGAGCAUUGUGGAAUAGAGCACAUAAAAUUAUCACCAUCUAAACAGGUACACUGUACCACAAGCUUAAUAAUAUAGCUGUACCUUAAUACUUACCAGAACUUUCCAUGCCAUUUUAUACAACCACUUUAUUAUCAUAAGCACAUUCUCUCAGCCUGAAGUUCAAAAUCACUCACAAACGUUCUUAUUUUGAAGCUAAACUCUUUCAAUCCCAAUGGUAACCAAAGAAAAGAUACUCAUGAAAAAGUUAACUUCUUUGAUUGUGACGUCCUUAGAAAAAAAAAUGAUGUGGUAUAUAUACGCAGCAAAUGUUCUGCGAAAGAGGUUUGAUUGAAUGGUAACACCAUAGGAUUUCAUCCACAGACACAAAAGUUAGCAUGAUAUAGGAAGUUUCCCCAGGCCACAGGAUUGUAAAUUAUUUUAUUACAAUUAGAAAGUUGCCUUUCACUCUGACAGAGAAUGUGCGUUGAUUUUCAAGGUUGAGAUUUCUCAUGGUUUUGGAGGAAAGGCCAUGCCUGGGUUCUAUGUUGAAAAGGUGAGUCUUGUUACAAGUGUAGUAUUGAUCAGAGCAAAAACAUCCUCGAAGUUGGUAGUGGAAAAAGGUUAUUUAAGUAAUUCUUGACUAAAAAGAGAGGUGAAGGGUUACGUUUACAGCAAACGGCAAAGAUGUGAUUCAAGUUGAGAAUUUCUCACAACAGAAAAUAUGCAGAUGAAAACUGUCCAGGUCAAUUCUUAUAGAUAAAACUUGCAUGAAACUACUUGUUUUUGAAUGGAAGUUUUAAACAGUAAUUUUAAAGGACAAUUAAGAGGAAACUUGGUCACAUGGUUCA